UAAAAUAAUAAGUUUCCCACAUGAAUUUGUAUUAUGUAGGUUCCAGUUUUCCACGAAGUAACGGUAUAUCGGAAAAAGUCCUUUAUAUCUGCUGCUUAAGUUUCGUAGAAAACAACACACUAUUUGCCGUGACUUAGUUGGGUUGACCUGCCUCUUACAUCAACUCUUCCUUCAUUAUUAUAAAAAGCCUCCAACAAUGAUCUUUACUUCAUAACUUAGUUUCAAUUUGAACUACCAUAUCUUCACUGCAUCUCUAUAUUCUACUGCAAUUUGCAUCAAGACUUCUUCUACCUUAGUUCCAUAACAAUGAAGAAAGUAGUGUUAAAGUUGGAGAUACAUGAAGACAAAAUCAAGCAAAAAGCUAUGAGAGCUGUCUCUGGCAUUUCAGGGGUUGAAUCUGUUUCAAUGGACAUGAAAGACAAGAAACUAACCUUUAUUGGAGAUGUUGAUGCAGUAAAAGUAGUGGCCAAGCUAAGAAAGUUUUGUCAUGCUGAAAUCAUCUCCGUUGGAGCAGCUAAAGAGGAAAAGAAAGAAGAACCUAAAAAGAAGGAAGAUGAUAAGAAAGAUUCAACAAAAAUAAAUAUUAUUGAUCCAUUCAUGUUCUAUGGAACACAUGCUUAUUAUAAUCAUCAGAUGAAACCACAAUAUAAUCCUUAUUACGGUGUUGUUAGCGUUGAAGAGGAUCCUAAUAGCUGUGUCAUCAUCUAAGUUUUCUGUACUAUGAUAAAAAGUUAUUGUAUUUGUGUUUGUUUAAGAAAGUAACCACUAACAUUUUACCUAUAAAAUAAAUUGUGUGUUGAAAACUUCUCA